UUUUUCCUGUGUGUAUGCAUAAUGGAUAUACAUGUACAGCUAGCUCAUCUCAAUUCUCCUUCCUCUUGACCUUUUACCUUAAUUUUCACUCGUAUAAAUACCAUGCCUACCAGGAAUUAAAUAUUCUCCAAGGCAAAGACAUCUCUGAAAUUUUUGAAAAGAGGUGUUUUUAUAUUUGAAAUGGUUUGCUUUUGUUUUCUGGUAGACCAGAGGAGGAAGGUGCGGCGGAGCAAGCCGGUGGCUGGGACAUGUUCGAGAUGUGGGCGUGGAGCAAGCGUGGCUGACAUAAAGACUUCGACUAGGUUUUGUUAUGUUCCAUUUUAUUGGAAAUCUUGGAAGGCAAUCAUGUGUACUUUUUGUGGAGCCAUUCUCAAAUCUUAUAGAUGAAUUUUGCUGAUAUAUAUGUAUAUUAAUAUUAUAGUUUUGGCUCUCUCUCUCUCUCUCUCUCUCUCUCUAAGUUUUCUGUAUGUUAGGGUUGAGUUCUUGACUGUUUUGAUGAUGAACUGAAAGUUAGGCUCAGUACUAUACUUCACGUUUGUUUGUUCGGGACUGCAUAGAGCUGUAAAUAUAGGCUGCUGAUAUUGUUAAUCAUGGAGGAGAUGAUAAUGAAGGGAAAUUUUCUAUCUGUUUA